AAAUACAGCCAAUAAUAACGCUUCUUUAAUCCAACACAGCCUGAUUCACGCACAACAGUCAGAUCCCAGAAUGCAAAGUGGUCAGUCCUAUCCCGGUGACCCCUUGCCGAAUGCUCACAUAAACACAGAUCAUGCAGAUCAACCUAGACUUAUCCCAACUGGACACACCCAUUAUAACAGUAAUAACACUUCUCAGAGAAAUGCCAGAACACAGACCUACCAGCAGGAUCCAGAGCCACAUCGGAGGUCUGAUGGGAACUCAGGAAGACGUGAGGUGGGUCUGAACACCUCCCCUCGACAGAUGCCUUGGAAUCGCCUCAGAGGGACACCAGCAUAUCCCAGUGGCAGAGAGCAGACACCAACUGAAUACAUCUCUGACACAGACUACACUACUCAUCCUCCCAUUCAAGAGCCAAGAACACCAAACAGAUCCCGUCCUCGAACUCAGAGCCAAGCUGCUUCCCGCAGCAGAACUCCACUCAGACAAGACGCAUCAACAGUGGACAGGCAGAUAUGGAGGCGUUUAGCUGAUCUUCGACGUCCAAACACUACAAGUGUAACACAGCUUGAGCCCUCACAGCACACACAGAGAAGCCACCACACACAAAGGGAAAGGGCUCAGCAAGACAUCAGAGCCCCGCCUGGUAGCCAGUCUGCCCUCAGGCAGGAAGCCACUCGCAGCAAUAACCCCCAGGCACUGCCUCUCAUGAGCCAGCAGGCCUCUGUGGGCCACUCUGCAGCGUCACAAGGACCCGCAACACAACAGGGAAUAACUGCUCCGCAAGGUGCAGAUACCAGAGCGUUGGCUGAUCCUAAUCACCUUCAACAGGCACACAUGGCCCCACAACAUAGAGCAACAAUGAUCCAAACAUCACCACAAGGGCUGGGCACACAGACACAGACUGUCGUACAUGGUGCCAGCCAACCUCGCCAAGAAGGCACUGCUCCAGUCCCACACCCUUCUGCCCAGCCUAUUCCCAGUAACCUAACCCAGGCUGCACUUAAAGCCCACACUCGAAGGGCCCAGACAUUUCAAAAUCGUAAUCAACAGACCCACGCUGCACUGCUUCACCCUGGGACGCAAACUCGAGCUCCAGCUGCUGGGGCUCAGCACCCACCAACGCCUCCACCUGUUAUCCCCCUCACACAGUUUCAAACCCUCCCCAAAGACCGCACCCAGCAUAAGUCGCCAGCUAGAGGCCCACAGCCCCCUAAACCCCCAGUUAACAUGCCAGUGGCUCAGCGGCAUCUACAGGUACAACAGCGACCUACUGGCCAGCGCAACACUGCCACGAAGCCCACCAACCAUCAUCACCAUCCUGGAAGGAGCCACACGCAUGUCAGUCCGCAAAGGCAUGCCCACGUCCAUACCCGCGGUCACGGGCAUCCUGCCCACUUCACCCACCCAGCACAGCAACAGGCUCACAGAGGGAGACCAAGAUGAUGACAGAUGUCAGCAGACGACACUCUACAACUGUCCCGCAUGCACUGACACAAACCAACAGCUGACAGACGUGAUCCAAUAUACCACCAAGCAAGACUGACUGCACAGACUUCUGCACUCUAAAAAGCUGUCAUACUCUGGUAUCUCAGUCCUAAUGUCAGGUUUUUCUGAAAGAAGUGAACAUGUCUCCCAUGCGAAUGAUAAAAUGUAAGUUUAAAUAUGUUUUUCUUUUUCCUGAAAAGAAACAUCAAACUAUCUCAAAGGAGGAGGCUUAAUCCGACCUUUUAAAAUAUUACUAAAUCAAACAAACUAAAUGAUGCUCAAGUUAAUGUGCUCCGCUCACAACAACCCUCCUCGAAACACACAUUUUCCCAUGUGUUGUACUGUUUCGACUUCUGAAGCACAGUCAUGUAUCAAAGUUUGCCAAGAGCGAGCUUUAAAAAAAAAAAGACAAGUUCAGUGAUCCAUGGCUCCUGACCAAGAUCCCGUCCUCUCAUCCAUUCAUCAGCGGAAAUAAACAACACUCCCUUGACAAAAUGCGCCUCAUGUACCUGCAUGAAUAUCUGCGACUACCUGAGGCGACAGUGCCAGACAGCAAAUGAGGAGGGACUGUGCACAAGAUGGACUCGGCCGCGAGGAAGAGUGACAGUCACAAAAGAUGAAAUUAGCGGGUAGGGGUGGUCUUGAUGUACUUGGAGCUAUUUAUUUUGCGCCUUCUGUUUACAGAUGCCUCUUAUGACACUUCUCAAUUAAGGGGAUUCGCCUCAGUGGUGCUUGGAAAUAAUGCUCAGCUAACUAUGAGGGGGAUCCCUCGAAUGGCUGGGCGCUUAUUAAUUAAAUGGUUUUAUGUGACUUAAAUGACUUGGAAAAUAAUCACACCCGUGCAUGAAUGAGGUCAGUACAAAGACCUGAGCUGUCAUGCUUUCUGCUGAAAAAGCACAGUGUAACAAUUUACUGGGUCGCAGACUGCACAUUAAGAAUGUGGGAACGUCAUUAUUACUUUUACUGAUUAUGUAUUUAUUGAUUUAAAAUGCUUGUUGUUGUUUUUUUUGUAAAUCUCAGGGAUAUGCUUGUGGAUUGAUGAUUUAUCAGGGCUGUUAUUUUAUGUAUAAAUCUGAUUGUAAAACUGGGAUAUAUCCCAUUUCUCUGAGCUGCUGAGCUGCAUUUACUGCCCUAAAAUGAACACACAUCACUGAACGACACAGUUGAAUUGGCUCAUGACCAAAAAAACUGGGCACUGAAGUUU